CAUUAUGAAAAAAGAUAGAUGAAGGCAAGAAAUUAGUGGACCGUUUCAUUAGCUUUAUUUGGGUAAAUUGGAAUGUAUACCAGUUAAGAAAAAUGGUUCAUCCGCUAGCUUACAGUGGUCAUGCAGUUGAACAGAUCUUUGUAAGGAACCAAAUGUUUUGUAAACAUUGUGGUAAAACAGUUGAUGAUGAUGCCAAUUUCUGUCCAAAGUGUGGCAAAAACACCAGUUCCAGCACCAAAAAAGAAUGGGAACAACCCAAACCUGCUCAGAAUGUAGCGCAGUAUGGGACUAGUCGUUAUGAUGCCGCGCCUGCCUUUGACACUGACAAAGCAAAAUGGUCAGAAGCUGUUAGCAAAGAAUGGGAACCUCCCAAGCCUUCUCAGAAUGUAGCGCAGUAUGGGACUAGCAGUUAUGAUGCCGUGCCUGCCUUUGACACUGAAAAACCAAGACGGUCAGAUAAAGCUGUUAGCAAAGACCAGCCAAUACCUGAUAUGUCGUCAACAGAAACAAAGAGCAAAGAGGAUCUGAGAAUACUUCUUAUUGGGCACACUGGCCAUGGAAAAAGUGCACUUGGGAAUUCUCUUCUGGGAAUCACAAAAGAAGAAGGAUUUCACGAUGAAUUGAGCCUUCAAUCUGUAACAGAUGAAUGUAAAAGGAUGGCACGACAAAGAUUUGGAAGAAGAUUAGAAGUUGUGGACACUCCUGGAUUUUUUGACACAUCCCAAAGUGACGAAUAUGUGUAUCAAGCAAUAGGCCAUUGCGUAGGGCUGACAUUGCCUGGCUUCAAUGCUGUCUGCUUAGUACAGAAACCAGAUCGGUUUUCUAAAGAGAUAGUCCAAACUGUGGACACUUUCUUCAAAUUUUUUGGAAAAGGCGUUGAUGAAUACGCAUUUGUCAUCUUGACUCACAUAGAUUCAGAAGCAAAAAUGAAAGCAUACACAAAUAUCGGGGAGAGUAAGACUGAAGAUCCAGCACUUAAGUCAUUUAUAGAGCUUAAAAAGCGCUGUAAUGGAAAAAUACUCUUCAUUGACAACAAUGAAUAUAUCUCCAAAGAGAAAAAAGAAGAAAUGGUUUGGAAUAUUUUGACUGCAGUUGAUGAGGCCAAUGCCAAAGCAAAAAAACCCUACUUUCAAAACAAAUUAACAAGAGAGAUAGCCCAAAACGCUCAAGACUUUUAUAUGAAUCAUGUCCGUGGUUUGGGAUCUGUGCGAGCAAAAGAAGAUCUAAGAAUUCUUCUCCUUGGACUUCCUGGCCAUGGAAAAAGUGCAACUGGGAACUCCCUUCUGAGAAAAAGCAAUUCUUCAAAUGUUGCUUCAACAAAGGGAAACACAGCCAUUUCUUCUAAAUAUGCUUCAGCAGAGAGGAACGCAGGCAUACAAAUACAAAGUGGCGUGAACAACGAACGUAAAAUAACGAUUGUGGACUUCAUGGUGAAGAAUCCCACCAGUGACGGUGAUAUAGAUUGGAGGGGGCAACUCCUAAAAACAGAGAAAAUGUUGCAUCCAGGAUUUCAUGCAGUUUUUUUUGUAAUAGAUCCCCAUAGGAUCACAGAUGUCAAAGACCAAUUUCAACCAAUCAUAGAGUACUUUAGAGACGAUGCUAAUGAUUACGCUUUUGUAAUAAUGACUUUUACUAAAGAUGAAAAUGAACGUGAAAAGCACUUUCCAUACAAUCUAGAGGCCAAACAUGUAGCAUUUGCAUCUAUUUCAAAAUUUUGUAAGUCUAAAGAGUUGUACAUAGAAAACUGUGCUUCAACUGAAGAAAAAGGAGAAAUGAUAAAAGAGAUUUUCACUGCCAUCGACAGCGCUAAUGUGAAAAAGCAAAUUCCUCACUUCAGCUCACGUUUUAAACAACAGAUUGAAGCUGAAGAAGCAGUAGCAGCUGCUAAAGCUGCAGCAGCUGCUGAAGCUGCUAGGGCUGCUGCAGAUUUAGCAGCUGCUAAAGCUGCAAAACGAGCUGAAUCUGCUAGAACUGCUGAAGCUUUAGAAGCUGCUCGGAAAGCUGCUGAAGAUGCUGCUAAAGCUGCUGAGGAAGCAAGGGUUACUAAAGAAGCUGAAGCCGCCCUAGCUGCUAAAGCUGCUCAAGAUGCUGAAAAUGCACACCAAGAGCAACUUAGAAGAGAGAGGGAAAUGUUUGAAUCAUAUAAAACACAAAUUGAAAAUGAUUACAAGAAAAAAUCAAAGUGUUCCCUUAUGUAGAAAAAAUGUGCAUCUUAUCAGAAAAUGUGUGAUAAUAUAUAAGCAGUUUUUUUUGGGGUAGAUACAAUUUCAGAUACUGAUACUUGACCUUAUUUGCAGAACUUUAAUUUGGCUGAUCUUGUUUACAAAAUAUGAUACCAAUUGUUUCUCUUCUGUUUUGCUUCUACUGGAAAAUGCAAGUAAUCUUUCAAGAAAAUCUAAAACCUAAAAUCUCAGUCUUAGCCUAUAUAUUGGGGAGUAAAAAAUGAUUACAGUUGGCACAUUUUUUUAUUACCAAUUCAUAAGUCUCAUUCUGAAUAUCCCACAAUUCACUUUAUUACUGGGCUUUGACAAAAGUGUAUAUGUCUUUUGUAAAUGGAAGUAAUUUUCUACUGCAAAGCAGAAAAAAAUGCAAUUGAAUACCGGUAAAUCUGCACUUUCUCUUCUUUUCUGGGACAACUUAUUCUGAACUUUUAUUCAAUUUGUUUAAUCAUCAGCUUUUUAUCUGUCUUAAAAAAAGUAAUACAAUUGUUUAUUCUCCCUUUAAGAUUUAAAAUGAAACAUAUAACAAUACAACAAAAGGCAAUCCUUUUGUAGGCAUGUUUAUAUAUAUGCCUUAAUUAUACUUGUAUUAUAUACCAUUUCAUUGUUUGCAUGUAUUGUAUGUUUAGUGUGAAAAGACUGACUUGAUUCUUACCCUUAUGCAAAAAUAUUCAAGGGUAUAAUUAUGAUUCAUGGCUUUUUUGACGAUGCUGCGAAGCAGCUGGUCUAAGUUAUCAUACCAUGAACAAAUUCUUCACAAUGGCGACCUAUGUAAAAGACUGAGCCAGUCCGAUUUUUCUAAUCCGCAUACCUCACUGAUUAUCAUUGAUAAAGGUAAAGGAAGCUCAGCUAUAAAUAGGAAAGCAUAUUCUGGGAAAAAGAUUUUAUAAUAGUUUGAAAACGUUAAUUUUAAAUCAGUUAUAUUCAAUCCAUUAUAUGUUUAUAGAUCAAUGAAACAACUAUGCAUUUUCUGUAUUGUAUUUGACAUUUGUCGUGAUUCUGUAAAUACAUUGCGAAUGAAAACGUGUAUAAUUAACGUUUAACGCGAUCAUGAGUGUAAAGAAAACGAAUUAUUUGAAACCCGACGUUUGUAAACGUUAAAGCGAGUAUGGUAUAUAAACAGCAUAAUAGCCGUGCGACAUAUAUGAAACUCGCUCUUAUGCAUGCUCUCUCAUUUUGCAUAUUUAAUAAACUUUUCAAACAGAAAUUAAAGAGCCACAUCAGUGCACACACUUUGUUUGAUAAUUCAUUCGUUUGUUGGAUAUUGUUUUCUGUUUUAAACACAUAUUAGGUCAUAUCGCGGAGAUUUAGUUAACCUUACCAUGUGUUCAUGGGCGUACUCACAUAUUCAAGUCGUAUUCGACUAUGUGCUCAUACCUACUUUCGGGAAUCAUCAUGAAAUUAUUGCCGUACUUAACGAACAAACAUGCCUAAGCUUAUUGAAUUAGAGAAAAAACAAUAAUCAAAAAAGAAAAAAAUUAUAUGUUCGUGCACAUGGGCAUGUGAAAUCACGUCCGUACACAUAACAUCAUUAACUUAGCAAAGGAAACAACGAAAUAUACAGUUUGGUAUGAUAUACAUGUGAAAUUAAAGAGCAUGGUGUAAUUAAAGAGCAUGUCAAGUUUUGAAUAUAUCUGCUACAUAACGUAAUGUUAUAACCCACAAACAUUUUACUGUAACAUAACGUUUUUUUUAAGAUCAGUGGUACAGAAAAUACACGUUGAAAAUCUUUUCAAAGAUAUUUCUUGUUAUAUUUGAUCGAGAAUGUAACCCGCCUCACAGUUUGGCUGAAUGGGUCACUAGUUCCCCACGGGUAUUACUUCCCUGUUCCCCCCAAUUUUUUUUUCGUACCCAAUUUGUUUUUCGUACCCAAAUUCUUUUUCGUACCCAAAUUUUGUUUCGUACCCAAUUUUUUGUUCGUACCCAUUUUUUUUUCGUAAACAAAUUUUUUUUCGUACCCAAUUUUUUUUCAUAAUUUUUGUACCCAAAAUUUUCGUACCCAUUUUUUUUCGUAGCCAAAAUUUUCGUACUCACAUACACAAUUAUGGUGAUGUAGAUAAACUUAAAUUGAUGCUUUUAUAUCCAUCCUCUUCAAAAGCAUGUCACACCAGUACUGUGAGUACUUUGAUUCUGUAUAUGUGUUGAUGUUAUGACAAUGCAUUUAAUAUUACAUACAACUAUAAAUUCCAGUAGUAUAAGUAAACACUAUUUAUCUAAGCUUCUCAAAAGGACCCAUUGCACACUGCCUUUAAACCAAUUAAUUAUUGUCAUAAUCUUGGGUUUAAGCAUUUUUUGUCCCCUACCGGUUUGCGCUUUGUCUGUCUGUUAGUCAGUCACACUUUUCUGGAUCCUGCGAUAACUUAAAAUGUUCUUAAUAUUUUUUCAUGAAAACUUUAAACAUGGAUAGAUGGCAAUAAGGACAUUAUGCACAUCAUUUCAUUUUGUUCCUACGUCAAAAUUCUGGUUGCUGUAGCAACAAAUAAAAAAACAAGCAAAUUCAUUGAAUUGAUAUUCCCUGCCAAUAUGCUUCUGGACACUCAUACCAAGUUUCAAUGAAAUCCGCCAAAGCACUUCCAAGAUAUGGUCUGGACACACAAAAAAGCAUUUUUUCAAGAUAUCAGAUGGUGUACAAUGCCAUUUGACGUGCAUCAUCCUAUUAUCCAUAUUAUUAUAUACUCAUACCAAGUUUCAAUGAAAUCCGCCAAAGCACUUCCAAGAUAUGGCUCCGGACGGAUAGACGGAUGGAAAGACGGACAACGCCAAAACAAUAUCCCUUCGCCUAUGGCGGGGGAUAAACAAUUCUGACAAUGGUGGAAUUUCUGACAAUGGUUCAGAGCCGGUAGGGGACAUAUAUUGCUUGGCAAUAGUCUUGUUACUUCUUUAUUGUAUCUUAUUCGGCUUUUAAAGCAAUUCUUACAAACAUAUGAAAGACACAUAUAAAUCCCCUUAAGUAAAUAAAACUAUCUACAACAAUUAAUUUAUCCAAAUAGUAGAUACAAAAUCAGAAUA